AUGGAGGCGUUUUUCUGGGCGGUGUUCGGCGCGCUGGUGGUGCUGUGCGCGGGGCUGGAGGGCAGCAAGGGGCAGCGCGACAAGCUGCAGACGUCGCCCGCCUUCCAGUCCUUCAAGAACAACUACCUCCUCGUCUACUCGCUCAUGAUGGGUAUGGCUUAUAACGAGUAUGCCAUAUUAUG